AUGGUUACCCGACUCUUCCGCCGUCGCUCCUCAGUCCAUGAACAGCAGGUGUCUCACCACUUCAAGAAAUAUUCCUGGGAGGCUCCCCCAUCAAAGACUAUCUACGCUGGUCUCUCGAUUUUGUUCGAUGAUGAUGGAGCAACAGUAGCCAUUGCGAUCCGUGAUGCGACCUACCUUCUCGACUUCGUUCAAGAUGAUCUCAGCGCCGAUGGCGAUGAAUCUCUUUGUAUACAGAUUGUGGACUAUGUUCUGAUUAACCUACGCAAGUACAGCGAAGAGCGCCUCGAGAAGUUCAUUGGUUUAGCCAUGCCGACAAGCGUGGCGAAGAAGUGCCCGACUCUUUGUUCCAAACUCUGGGCGAAGCUCGAUAUCAUUCCAUUGGUCUUGCCCGAAGAAAGCAGCAUCGGCACUGACAACGUCUCCAACCAUCCGAUUCGCAAGUCUACCGGCUGGGAAAUCAAGAGUGUCGACGAACAAGCAGAAUCCAUGGGGCGAAAAUGUGUUAGACUAUUCGGUCCAGAAAACAUUCCCUUGCUGCAAGUCGGAUUCUUGGGCUUGGUAGAGGUUGACACUGCCUUCCACGUGCGUUUGACAAGCCUACAGGAUUUCCAGAAAACGGUUACACAGAAGACCUGGGAUGCGGUUCAGUAUUAUGCUUCCGAUCUCAAGGAGAGGAAAACCAAGGUCGCGUUCUUCAGUGCCACCCCUCAAGGUGGUGGUGUAGCCCUCAUGAGACAUGCACUUGCAAGGUUCUCCUAUUCCUUGGGUACCGAUAUUAAAUGGUAUGUACCGAAGCCUAGACCAGGCGUUUUCCGCAUCACCAAGACCAAUCACAACAUCCUGCAAGGAGUCGCAGCUCCGGAUGAGCGUUUGAGUCAGGAGGACUGGGACAAAGUCAUUGACUGGGUUGAUGAAAAUGCGAAACGCUACUGGCUCAGCCCGGGAGGUCCUCUACGCCAUCCCUCGGAGGGUGGUGCGGAUGUGAUCAUCAUCGACGAUCCACAAAUGCCUGCUUUGAUCCCUAUUGCCAAGAAGAUGGCACCCGACAGGCCGAUCAUCUUCCGAAGCCAUAUCCAAAUUCGAAGCGACCUCAUUGCGCAGAAGGGCUCACCACAGGCGGAAACCUGGGGAUGGAUGUGGAAGCAAAUUCAACAAGCGGACCUUUUCAUCAGCCACCCUGUGAGCAUCUUCGUUCCGGAAGAUGUGCCCUCCGAGAAAGUGGGAUACAUGCCUGCUUCGACAGACUGGUUGGAUGGCCUGAACAAGAACAUGCAGGAGUGGGACGUCGCCUUCUAUGGUCGCAUCUUCAACUCGAUGUGCAGGAAUUCAGGCAUGCUCACAAUCAACUUCCCUGAAGAUGAAUACAUCGUCCAAAUUGCCAGAUUCGACCCCUCCAAGGGUAUCAUCGACGUUGUGGAGUCAUACAAGAAGUUCCACCACCGGUUCACGGCCUCCCUUCCCGACAGAAAGCCGCCCAAGCUCCUGAUCUGCGGACAUGGCUCCGUCGACGAUCCCGACGGCUCGCUGAUCUACGACGCUACCCUGUCGCACAUCGAGAAGAACCUCUCCGACAUUGCCGAUAACGUCUGCGUCGUACGCCUCGGACCAUCGGAUCAGGUACUGAAUGCGCUGCUCUCGAAAGCCAAGGUCGCGUUGCAGCUGUCGACGCGGGAAGGAUUCGAAGUCAAGGUCUCGGAGGCCAUCCACAAGGGCAAACCAGUGAUCGCCACUAAGGCGGGAGGAAUCCCGCUGCAGGUGGCCGACAAAAAGAACGGGUUCCUGGUGGAAGUUGGUGACACCGAUGCCGUGGCGGAGCAUCUGUUCCAGCUAUGCACGGAUAACGAGCUGUACGAGCGGAUGCACAACUACGCACUGGAGCACGUUUGCGACGAAGUGAGCACGGUCGGUAACGCGCUGAACUGGCUCUACCUCGCCUCGAAGCUCUCCAAGUCAGAGGAAGUGAAGCCAAACAAGCGGUGGAUUAAUGAUAUGGCUCGCACGGAGGCGGGACAGGAAUAUUCGGGCAAGGAGGACCGCCUCAACCGGUUUGACCUGUAG